UUAUUUUUCGAAACUUUGCAGCGAGCGUGUGUGCGUGUGUUGGCUCUAAAAGAAAACAGAAAAGGAAUAAAAGCGAGAAAAACCUUAUUUAACAAUAAUUAACUAACAAAAAUCCCCUAACCCGCAGCAUUGGACCAAACAACCCCGACCACCCUGCCAUUCUCCCCGCUGCCCUUGUGCUCCCCCGCCCACUUUCUUUCACCCGCCGGCAGCGAUUUCAUUGCUCUCUCUCUCUCUCACCAAAUUAUAAUAAUAAUACAAAUAAUAAAGCCAAAGCAAAAACAGAUUUCGUAACUCGUAUAAUCGAAGGGCAGUGAGACCAAAAAGAAUUGUUAUUAAAAUAUAGACCCUCACUCGUCUUUUUUUUACACGUGGCAACAUUUGUGUGGGUGUAAAAUGUAAAAGAAACAUUUUUAAUAAAAAGUUGCCCAGUGUUUGAUUUUUCCUGUUUGGAAAACGUAACCCGCCCUAACACUAUCACACGGGAUAACCAUGUCCUAUACCGAAUUGGAAUCUGGCUAUCAGGAUAUAUCCCAGCAGCAACAGCAAAAUCCGCAACAAAAUCACCCGCAGCAGCAGCGCGUCGGAUUCUACUUGGGAUUACAGGAUGGCAACGGUGACACGGACUUUGGGGACAGCAAUGACGGGAUGGACUCCGACACGAGCACUUCGUCCAGCAACAGCAAGCAAGUGGUCGUCGGCAUCUGCGCGAUGGCCAAGAAGACACAGUCGAAGCCGAUGAAGGAGAUCCUCACGCGUCUCGGGGAAUUUGAGUUCAUCAAACUGGUGACAUUCGAGGAGAACGUGAUCCUGCGAGAACCGGUCCAAAAUUGGCCCACCUGCGACUGCCUAGUUUCGUUCCAUUCGAAGGGCUUUCCGCUGGAGAAGGCCAUCGAGUAUGCCCAACUAAGGAAUCCAUUUGUGCUAAACAACCUGCACAUGCAGUAUGAUAUUCAGGAUAGGAGGAGGGUGUACGCAAUUCUGGAGAAGGAGGGCAUCGAGAUACCGCGCUAUGCCGUCCUCGAUCGCGAUUCGCCGGAUCCCAAACACCAUGAGCUGAUCGAAUCAGAAGAUCACGUGGAGGUUAAUGGAAUUACCUUUAACAAGCCCUUUGUGGAAAAGCCCGUUUCAGCGGAGGACCACAACAUCUACAUCUACUACCCCACAUCGGCAGGCGGCGGGAGUCAGCGACUUUUCCGUAAAAUCGGCAGCCGGAGCAGCGUGUAUUCCCCGGAGUCCAGAGUGCGCAAGACGGGAUCAUUCAUCUACGAGGAUUUUAUGCCCACUGAUGGCACGGACGUCAAGGUGUACACCGUGGGACCCGAUUAUGCCCAUGCCGAGGCCCGCAAAAGUCCCGCUCUGGAUGGCAAAGUGGAACGCGACAGCGAGGGCAAAGAGAUUCGCUACCCGGUGAUUCUCAAUCACUCUGAGAAGCUCAUCUCACGAAAAGUGUGCCUGGCCUUUAAGCAAACCGUCUGUGGGUUUGAUUUGCUGCGAGCCAACGGAAAGAGCUACGUGUGCGAUGUCAAUGGGUUUAGCUUUGUGAAGAACUCUAACAAGUACUAUGACGACUGUGCAAAGAUACUGGGCAACAUGAUCCUUAGAGAGCUCACGCCUACGCUGCACAUCCCCUGGUCGGUGCCCUUUCAGUUGGACGAUCCUCCCAUUGUGCCCACCACUUUCGGCAAGAUGAUGGAGCUGCGCUGCGUGGUGGCCGUAAUCCGACAUGGCGAUCGCACUCCCAAGCAAAAGAUGAAGGUGGAGGUGCGGCAUCCAAAAUUCUUUGAGAUCUUCGAGAAGUACGACGGCUAUAAGCUGGGCCACGUUAAACUGAAGCGGCCCAAGCAACUGCAGGAAAUCCUGGACAUCGCCCGUUUCCUGCUCAGUGAGAUCCACACAAAGGCGCACGCCGAGAUCGAGGAGAAGGAAAGCAAACUAGAGCAGCUGAAGAACGUUCUGGAGAUGUACGGCCACUUUUCGGGCAUUAAUCGCAAGGUCCAGAUGAAGUACCAACCGAAGGGUCGUCCACGCGGCUCCAGCUCCGAUGACACCAAUCUAGCAGCGGAUCAGCCUGUGGAGCCAUCGCUGGUCCUCAUUCUCAAGUGGGGCGGCGAACUGACGCCAGCCGGUCGCAUUCAGGCGGAAGAACUGGGCCGCAUCUUUCGGUGCAUGUAUCCAGGUGGACAGGGAAGAUCCGAUUACUCAGGCACCCAGGGCCUGGGCCUGCUAAGAUUACACUCCACGUUCCGGCACGACCUUAAAAUCUACGCUUCUGAUGAGGGACGUGUUCAGAUGACGGCUGCCGCCUUUGCCAAGGGUUUGCUGGCCCUGGAGGGCGAACUCACACCCAUCCUUGUUCAGAUGGUGAAGAGCGCCAAUACAAACGGACUGCUGGACAAUGAUUGUGACUCCAGCAAGUAUCAGAACCUGGCAAAAGGCCGUCUCCACGAGCUAAUGCAGAAUGAUCGUGAGUUCUCCAAAGAGGAUCGCGAGUUGAUCAAUCCGUGCAACAGCAAAUCGAUCACCCAGGCGCUGGACUUUGUUAAGAAUCCUGUGGACUGCUGUCACCACGUACAUCUGCUAAUCCGCGAGCUAUUACACAUCAUCAGCAUCAAGAAGGACGAUCCGAAGACAAAGGAUGCAAUCUUGUACCACGGCGAGACAUGGGACCUCAUGCGUUGUCGCUGGGAAAAGAUCGAGAAGGAUUUUAGCACCAAGUCGAAGCUGUUUGACAUUUCCAAGAUACCGGAUAUCUACGAUUGCAUAAAAUACGAUCUGCAGCAUAAUCAGCAUACUUUGCAGUAUGAUCAGGCGGAGGAGUUGUAUAUAUACGCAAAGAAUCUGGCUGAUAUAGUUAUACCGCAGGAGUACGGCUUGACGCCGCAGGAGAAAUUGGCCAUUGGCCAGGGUAUUUGCUCACCAUUACUAAGGAAGAUCAAGGGUGAUUUGCAGCGAAAUAUCGACGAAGUCGAAGAUGAGUUCAUGAAUCGUUUGAAUCCACACUAUAGCCAUGGUGUGGCAAGUCCUCAGAGGCAUGUCCGCACAAGGCUCUACUUCACCAGCGAAUCACAUGUCCACUCGUUGCUCACAGUCCUGCGAUAUGGGGGAUUACUUAACGUUGUCACCGAUGAGCAGUGGCGUCGGGCUAUGGACUACAUUUCGAUGGUAUCGGAGCUGAAUUAUAUGUCUCAAAUCGUCAUCAUGCUCUACGAAGACCCCACCAAGGAUCCAACUUCCGAGGAACGCUUUCACGUCGAACUGCACUUCAGUCCGGGCGUAAACUGUUGUGUGCAGAAAAAUCUGCCGCCGGGUCCGGGCUUUCGGCCGCAUUCGCACGGCGACAAUGCUUGCAAUGUGAGCUUGCAGUCUUCGGAUGAGUCAAAUCCUUCCAGGAUCGAGGAGGAGAACGACUCUAAUUCAGGAGAGGAGCGGGAGGGUAAGAAGCGAGGGAAUACCGGCCAAAGGUGUUCGGAUCGCAGCGCUGAACGCACUUCCCCCGCCUUUGGAUUCAACCGAUUAGAACUGCGAUCCAAGCAGUUUAAGUCAAAGCCCAUUCCCAUCGGAGCUCACCAUACGGUCAGUGGUCAUGAGGCAAUGGAUUUGGCCAAGCGGUUAAACGAGGAGCUGGCCUCGCAGCAGCAGCAGAACCAGCAGCUCCGGCCCAUCAGUCCGGAUAUCCGUGCAGUGAGCCCUGACUGCGAGCCACGUUCCCGGAGCUUCGAACAGCGUCCCUCCUCCGGCGUCUGUGCCAAGGAGCCGGCUCUAUCUUCUGAUUUUGAAGAGGUUUCUCAGGGUCUUAUUUCUAAAUUGGAGGACAGCUUGCAGGCCCGCACUCCUGAAUUUAGGGAGAUAGCCCACGCUCGAGUGGGUGUAGCCGCCAACUCGGAAAAGGGAGCAAAUCCAAAGGCUGGAAAUCGCACGGCUUUUCAGAUUCGGGUUACGGAUAGUUUAUCCUUCUUUAAAAUUGAUUCAUCGACGAACGAGCUGCCCUUGUCGGACAUUGAUUUUUCGCUGCACCCGGCCACUCCCCAAUGCGGUCCCUUGUCGCACAAACGGCCCCAUGUGCUGACAAUGCGGCGGAUGGAGAGUUGCGAUGAGGGCGAAGAUCUCGAGCAGCUCCGGCAUAUGCCGCAGAUCUCGCCGAUGGCCACAAAUGAGCGGCCCUUAAGCUCCUGCAAUUGCAGCAGCUCGGCGGUCCACGCGCACUCGCACUCCAAAAGCCUGAUGGACUUGGGCCAGGCGACGGCUGCGCCAUCCCCACCAGAAGCCAGACAGCAUUCGGAGAUGGGCGGUAAGCCGGUGGCAGGGGCAGAUGCAAGUGCCAGCAGUUUCGAUGACGACUUCCAGUUGUCCAGCUCGGCACCGGCCAUCCUGAUGAGCUCACACUUUGGCCAAAAGCCAAUGAGUGCUGCCUUAUCGCCGAUGGCCCAUGCCACCACCUCGCCCACAGCCUCCACUUUACGUCUCUGCCAGGAUAUGGACAAGGCUUCGGCUUCGGCUUCGGCCUCAUCAUCUGCUGAACGCAAGGCCACCAGUAGCUCCUGUGGUCAGCUGUCAAUGCCGGCCUCGGCUCCUGUUUUGACGGACAAUCCGUUUCGCUUCACCGUUUCAUCAGUGGGCUCGGCAGCGUCCUCUAGCGCUUGUUUUGUGAGCUGUUUCGAGCCCAUCAAGGAGCAGGUCACACCCACAUUGGAGGUGGAUCCAAAGCCAUCGCCGACAGAGCCUCAAGUAGUCUAUAAUCUGCCCACGCUGCUGAUUACAGGCACAGCAAGUACAACAGAAUUGACGGACAUGAACAAUACCUAUAGAACGACAGAAAACUCAGUAGUUGCUAGAAUGUUUGAUCCAAUAGGUAGUAAGAUAAUAAAAGAUAUAGCAACAAACACAGUAGAAGUAACAACACCAACACCAAAAGAUAUUAGAAGUGCUACAAAAACAGAUAUAACAAUAGAUUCAACAACGGUUACAGCAAUAGAUACAACGAAAGAUAUAUCAACGAAUACCGAAAUAGUUACAUCAACGGUUACACCAACAGAUACAACUGUAGGUAUAGAAAAUUCAACACCAACGGUUACACCAACAGUUACAACAACCGAUCUUACAAAAGGUAUACGAAGCUUUACACCAACAGCCACCCCAACAUCCCCACAAACAUUUACUCCAUCAACCACCACUACAACAACAACAACAACAUCAGCAGCAGCAGCUUUGUUUGAUAAAACAGCAACAAUGUCUUCUAAUCAACCAUUUACUAACCAAUUCCAAUCAAUCGAUCCCCCCUCAAACGACGCACCACACCAUCAUGUACAUCAACACCAAAACUUAACAACGAUCAUCGAUCAACAACAUCAACAAACAUCAUGCACCAUCAAAAAUACACUGAACGAAAACAAAACCACCGCCACAAAUACAAACACCACUACCACGACCCUGUCUUGUUGUACCAAUACCAUCGCCACAGAUAGCCAAGUCUCGGUUUCGGCCUCAGUGUCAUCGGCCAACUCGUCCACGUCGUCGCGACGCCAAAGACACAGUAUUGCCGGCCAGAUGUCCUAUAUGAAAAUGUUGGGUUUCGGUGGUUUUAGCAAAAAGAUGGCCACCAGCGCAAAUAGCCUUUUCAGCACCGCCGUCAUUAGCGGCAGCUCGUCCGCUCCUAAUCUUCGCGACAUGAUACCGGUCUCCUCAUCCGGUUUUGGCGAUGUACCACCAAUCCGGCCGCUUGAGACGCUACACAACGCCCUGUCACUGCGCAAGCUGGACAGCUUCCUGCAGGAUAUGAUCUUGGCACAGAUCUUUAAAACGCCGACAGGUUCACCGCCGCGGGGAUUCGCCAAGAGCACUCUGCCAGCAGUCUCCUCGAUGACGCUGACCGCCGGAAAUCAGCCCGAGGUGACGAUCGGCAAUGAGGCGCAAAUUGGUGGACAUCAGAAGACCGUAACUCCGACCUUUGACCGGCGAGGCAGCGAGUCCGGCACAACCGAUGCCCAUCAGCGGCUUCUUCCGGAGGGCCAGUGUCCAAAUCUGGAUGAGAGCAACUCAGCGCUACUGCAAUCGCUGGCGGGAAAGAUGCAGCAGAAUCCAACAGAGCCAAGCAUUUAAAACAAAUGCAGUAAACCUUAGUUUUACCUCUUUGUGUAUAUUCAAAACUAAUUGAAAUUAUAUUUAUUCAUAUAUGAAUAAAUAUGCAUGUACUUGUUUAUUGAAAUCCUUUAGUUCCUAAGCCUUAUGUUAUUAAAAUGGCAGAAAGUGCUAAAGUA